CUGGGUGCUGAAGCAAGAUGGCUGGCUGCUGAGCCCCAGCAGGAGCAGCCGCUCCCGAGGAUGCCGUUUUCUGGCACUCGGCACACGCCCUUCCCGCCGGCCGCCUCCGAGCCGCCCAAAGCCCAGCCGGGAAGCGCCCCCUGCUAGAAGAAGAGCCCCCCCCCGCACACCCACCCCACCCCGAGAGGAGGACCAUGUCCCUGCUCUGCGUUGGAGUCAAAAAAGCCAAAUUUGAUGGGCCCCAAGAAAAAUUCAACACAUACGUGACCCUCAAAGUGCAGAAUGUGAAGAGCACAACCAUUGCAGUGCGGGGAAACCUUCCCUGCUGGGAGCAGGACUUCAUGUUUGAAAUCAACCGCUUGGACUUAGGGCUGACCGUGGAAGUCUGGAACAAAGGUCUCAUCUGGGACACCAUGGUGGGGACGGUUUGGAUCCCGCUACGCACCAUCCGCCAGUCUAAUGAGGAGGGCCCCGGGGAGUGGCUCACCCUCGAUUCUCACGUCAUCAUGACUGACAACGAGAUCUCUGGGACCAAGGACCCUACCUUCCAUCGCAUCCUCCUGGACACCCGCUUUGAGCUACCCCUCGAUAUUCCUGAGGAAGAAGCCCGUUAUUGGGCUAAGAAGCUAGAACAACUUAAUGCCAUGCGAGAUCAGGAUGAUUAUUCUUUCCGGGAGGAACAAGAGAAGCCGCUUCCGGUGCACGGGUCACAAUGUUGCAACUGGAAUUAUUUUGGCUGGGGAGAUCAACAAAACGAUGACCCCGACAGCACCGUGGACGACCGGGACAGUGAUUACCGGAGCGAGACCAGCAACAGUAUCCCGCCCCCCUACUAUACCACCUCCCAGCCCAAUGCCUCGGUUCACCAGUACCCCAUGCGCCACCAGCAGCGAGCGUCCCGGGACUCCUACACGGACUCCAUGCAGAGCUAUGAGAUGGACUACUCUGAUCAUCAUCCAAUCAGACGCUAUGGUAGCGUAGAAUCUGCCGCGAACGGGCGCAGCGACGCUGAGUCCGCUUCCGAGUCAAGUAGGCGCACAAGCCGCCAGCCCUCCCUCGAGAGCAGGCGUUCCCUAGACCUAUCUGAUAGCCCCACAGGAAGUAGCCGCUACGCCUCAUCGGCAGAGCUGAGCCAGGGGAGUUCGCAGCUCAGCGAUGAUUUUGAGCCUGACGACGUGAGCCUGCGAGGCUCGGAGCUAGACGAGCGGGAUGGCGAUUCCUACCACUCGUGCCACAGCUCGGUCAGUUACCACAAGGACUCUCCGCGCUGGGACGAGGAGGAGGAAGACGCUCUCUCCCUGGAGGAGGACGAAUUCAACGAGGACUACAGUGAGGAUGAAUACUAUCCUGAGGAUGAGCUAGUGGAACCCGAACCUGAGCCCCACCCCAGGGACACAUACCAGCAGCAGCAGCAGCAGCCUCCACAAGUCACGGCACCCCAGCAGAAGCUGCAACAGACGCAGCAGCAGCCACAACAAAAGCUGCCCCCAGCACAGCAACAGCAACAGAAGCCUCAGCAGGUGCAGCAGCAACAGAAACCGGUACAGGCUCAACAGCAGCAGCAACAGAAGCCGCAGCAGGGGCAGCUGCAGCAACAGAAGCCGCCGCAAGCACAGCAGCUGCAGCAGAAGCCACAAGCGGUGCCUCUGCCCCAGCAGCAGCAGCAGCAGAACCUGCAGCAGGCACAGCAAAAACCACCACAGCAACCCCCGCAGCAAGUCCAGCAAAAAAUGCAGCUGCCACAGCAGCAGCAAGCUCAGCAGAAGCAGCAGCAGCAGCAGCAGCCGCCCGCAGCCCAGCAACAACCACCAGUGCAGCUGAAGCAGCAACUGCAGCAGCAGCAGCAGCAGCAGGUGCAGCCGAAGCCGCAGCAACAGCAGGAACCGAAGGAGGAGAAAGCAAAAGAAGAAGCUCCAGCAGUCCAGCUGGAGGAACUCCCAGCAGAAGAGACCCCAGCCAAGGAGAAAGUCCCCGAGGAAGAACCCCCAAAGACAGAGGAGAGGGAGAAAGAAGAAGCAGAGGUCGUGGACCCUAAAGCACGGGCAAAGGCCAACUGGCUACGGGCAUUCAACAAAGUCUGUAUGCAACUCCAAGAGGCCCGAGGUGAAGGAUCUGGGGAAUCGAAAUCUCUGUGGUUCAAAGGCGGGGGAGCGGCGGUCAAGUUCCUGCGCUGCAUUGACAGCAUGCCCGACAUUAGGCCUGGACGUAAAUCUCUUCCGCUAGUCAUCAGCGAUCUGUCUUUGGUCCAGUCCAGGAAAGCCGGAAUCACGUCAGCACUUGCAUCGAGCACUUUAAACAACGAAGAGCUAAAAAACCAUGUUUACAAGAAGACCCUUCAAGCCUUAAUCUACCCCAUCUCCUCCACAACCCCCCACAACUUCGAGGUGUGGACGGCCACCACGCCCACCUACUGCUACGAGUGCGAGGGCUUACUCUGGGGCAUCGCCCGCCAAGGGAUGCGGUGUGCCGAGUGUGGGGUGAAAUGCCACGAAAAGUGCCAGGACCUCCUCAACGCUGACUGCCUGCAAAGAGCGGCUGAGAAAAGUUCCAAGCACGGAGCAGAAGACCGGACGCAGAAUAUCAUCAUGGUGCUGAAAGACCGGAUGAAGAUCCGGGAGCGCAAUAAGCCCGAGAUCUUUGAACUGAUCCAGGAGAUCUUUGCUGUCUCCAAGACCACUCACACCCAGCAGAUGAAGGCUGUCAAGCAGAGCGUUCUAGACGGCACCUCCAAGUGGUCAGCCAAGAUCAGCAUCACAGUCGUUUGUGCCCAAGGCCUGCAAGCAAAGGAUAAGACGGGUUCCAGUGAUCCGUACGUGACUGUCCAGGUUGGAAAGACCAAAAAAAGGACAAAGACCAUCUAUGGCAAUUUGAACCCCGUUUGGGAAGAGAACUUCCACUUCGAAUGUCAUAAUUCUUCCGACCGAAUCAAGGUUCGAGUUUGGGAUGAAGAUGACGACAUUAAAUCCCGUGUCAAGCAACGCUUUAAGAGAGAGUCAGACGACUUUCUCGGGCAGACAAUCAUUGAAGUGCGGACUCUGAGCGGAGAAAUGGACGUCUGGUACAACCUUGACAAGCGGACAGACAAAUCGGCUGUAUCCGGGGCCAUACGGUUGCACAUUAGCGUGGAGAUAAAAGGCGAGGAGAAAGUGGCACCCUACCAUGUCCAGUAUACCUGCCUUCAUGAGAACCUCUUUCAUUUUGUAACGGACAUCCAAAACAAUGGUGUGGUCAAAAUCCCGGAUGCAAAAGGUGACGAUGCCUGGAAGGUUUACUUCGAUGAGACUGCCCAAGAGAUUGUGGAUGAGUUUGCUAUGAGAUAUGGAGUGGAGUCCAUCUACCAGGCAAUGACCCACUUUGCCUGCCUCUCCUCCAAGUACAUGUGCCCCGGGGUGCCGGCAGUCAUGAGCACCCUGCUGGCCAACAUCAACGCUUAUUAUGCUCACACCACUGCCUCAACCAACGUCUCUGCCUCUGACCGUUUUGCCGCUUCCAAUUUCGGGGUAAGUCCGAUGAAAGAACGGUUCGUCAAACUGCUGGACCAACUCCACAAUUCCCUUCGGAUUGAUCUGUCCAUGUACCGGAAUAAUUUCCCUGCCAGCAGUCCAGAAAGACUGCAGGACCUCAAAUCGACGGUAGACCUCCUGACCAGCAUCACCUUCUUCCGGAUGAAGGUCCAGGAACUCCAGAGUCCGCCCCGAGCCAGUCAGGUGGUGAAGGACUGCGUGAAGGCCUGCCUCAACUCGACAUAUGAGUACAUCUUUAACAACUGCCACGAGCUCUACAGUCGCGAAUACCAGACUGACCCGACCAAGAAGGGUGAAGUGCCCCCCGAGGAACAAGGGCCCAGCAUCAAGAAUUUGGAUUUCUGGUCCAAACUUAUCACCUUGAUAGUGUCGAUCAUAGAGGAAGAUAAGAACUCAUACACACCCUGCCUCAACCAGUUUCCUCAAGAGCUGAAUGUUGGAAAGAUCAGCGCUGAAGUGAUGUGGAAUCUUUUUGCUCAGGAUAUGAAAUAUGCGAUGGAAGAACACGACAAGCAUAGACUCUGCAAGAGCGCUGACUACAUGAACCUGCACUUUAAGGUGAAGUGGCUGUAUAAUGAAUACGUCAAAGACCUGCCUUCCUUCAAGAGCCGGGUGCCCGAAUACCCAGCAUGGUUCGAGCCUUUUGUCAUACAGUGGCUGGAUGAGAAUGAAGAAGUCUCACGGGAUUUCCUCCACGGAGCAUUGGAACGGGACAAGAAAGAUGGGUUCCAACAAACGUCAGAGCAUGCUCUCUUCUCCUGCUCCGUGGUUGAUGUCUUCUCCCAACUCAACCAGAGCUUUGAAAUAAUCAAGAAGCUGGAGUGCCCCGAUCCGCAGAUCGUCGGUCAUUACAUGCGCAGGUUUGCCAAGACCAUUAGCAACGUCCUGCUGCAGUACGCUGAGAUCAUCUCGAAGGAUUUUGCCUCCUACUGCUCCAAAGAGAAGGAGAAAGUGCCCUGCAUCCUGAUGAACAACAUCCAGCAACUGCGAGUCCAGUUGGAGAAGAUGUUCGAAGCCAUGGGAGGGAAAGAGCUGGACACUGAGGCCAGCGACAUCCUCAAAGAGCUCCAAGUGAAACUCAACAACGUCUUGGAUGAGCUGAGCCGGGUGUUCGCCACCAGUUUCCAGCCACACAUUGAAGAGUGCGUCAAGCAGAUGGGGGACAUCCUGAGCCAGGUGAAGGGGACGGGGAACGUCCCGGCCAGCGCCUGCAGCAGCGUGGCUCAGGAUGCCGAUAACGUCCUGCAGCCCAUCAUGGACCUUCUGGACAGCAAUUUGACGCUCUUUGCAAAGAUUUGUGAGAAGACGGUUCUGAAGCGGGUGCUGAAGGAGCUCUGGAAGCUUGUCAUGAACACCAUGGAGAAGACCAUUGUCCUUCCCCCGCUCACAGACCAGACGGGAACUCUCUUAAGAAAGCAUGGCAAGGGAGCCGAGAAGAGUAGGGUGAAGCUUCCCAGCCACACCGAAGGUACUCAGAUGAUAUUCAAUGCAGCCAAGGAACUGGGCCAGCUGUCAAAACUCAAGGACCACAUGGUGCGUGAGGAAGCCAAGAGCUUGACACCCAAGCAGUGCGCCGUGGUAGAACUCGCCUUGGACACCAUCAAGCAAUAUUUCCACGCGGGAGGGGUUGGCCUGAAGAAAACCUUCCUGGAAAAGAGCCCGGACCUGCAAUCACUGCGCUACGCCCUCUCUCUCUACACGCAGGCCACAGAUCUGCUCAUCAAAACCUUUGUCCAGACCCAGUCCGCUCAGGUUCAUGGUGGAAAAGGUAUUAGGUUUACUCUUAGUGAAGAAACAUAUCCUGAGAAGGGAUCCGGAGUGGAUGAUCCGGUCGGAGAAGUUUCCAUCCACGUUGAACUGAUCACCCACCCUGGCACGGGGGAACACAAAGUCACCGUCAAAGUGGUGGCCGCCAACGAUCUCAAGUGGCAGACUUCCGGCAUCUUCCGGCCUUUCAUCGAGGUCAACAUCAUUGGGCCGCACCUCAGCGACAAGAAGAGGAAGUUUGCCACCAAGUCCAAGAACAACAGCUGGUCCCCCAAGUACAAUGAGAGCAUCCAGUUCACGCUGGGCACCGAGACGGGGCCGGAGUGCUACGAGGUGCAGGUCUGCGUCAAGGACUACUGCUUCGCCCGGGAGGACCGCACGGUGGGCAUCGCCAUCCUGCAGCUGAAGGACAUGGCGCAGCGGGGGAGCUGCGCCUGCUGGCUGCCGCUGGGCCGGCGCAUCCACAUGGACGACACGGGCCUGACGGUGCUGCGCAUCCUCUCCCAGCGCAACAACGACGAGGUGGCCAAGGAGUUUGUCAAGCUGAAGUCGGACACGCGCUCGGCCGAGGAGGGGAGCAGCUAAAGGCCCCCCUCCCUCCCACAUUCUGUGCACCUACCCCGCCCCCCCAUUGCUCUGCUAGGACCCACUUCCCGCCCCACCCUUUCCCCUGCCUCUUUUAUACAGCCAUGUCAAAGCCAUAGAGUUUGCAACUUGGCCUAUCCCCCCCCCACCCCCCGCCGCCGCAACACACACACAUAGAUUCCGCCCCUUUGCCCCUCAGUCUGGGAGCAUUGCUCCCCCUGCCAAGGAUCACCCCCCACCCGCUCCAACAUGCACUCACAUUGCCAAAUGCAUUGCACGCAAACCGCCACAAGGCAGAGGAAAAGGUACCCCUGAAAGGGGGACAGAGGUACUACCGACAGCACUGAAAGCUGCCAUGUUUUAGGCCUCCAUGCAACCCGCCCCCCCACGUCCAAGCUUCUGCUCCUUCCUGGCUAUUAGUCGUGAUGGCGAUGUAGAGCCUCCAGUUUCAGGGGCAGCUUACCACUGAAUACCAGUUGUGGAAGGAUGGAAAGGAGCGAACAGCAGGAGGGAGCUGGCUCCCACAUGCCCUGCUUGUGAGUUUCCAGAGAGCAUGUGGCUGUCUACUGUUAGAAAUGGGAUGCUGGCUGACAGAGGCCAGUGGUUUCCAAACUUUGAGGGGUAUCAUGCCCAUUCUGGGAUCUCAAGCAAUUACAAAUAUUGCCCCCCCAGCUUUAAAAAAGGGGGGGGGCGGAAGAAUUAUUGCUGCAAAACAUUUUUCAUGGAGUUUUGGGGAUACAAAUCACAGCUUGGGGAUCACUGGCACAGGCCUUUGGUCUGGUCCCGCAAGGCUCUUCUGGGUAUAGAGGACGAGUCGACCAGCAACUAUGUAUCAGGAUAGCUAAAUGCAACCUCCAUGCACAAGAGCAGUCUACCUCGGGUGGCAAACUGCCGGGGACAAGCCACAAAAGAAGGCUGUUGCCUUCAUGCCCACCUUGUGGGUUUUGUCAGGGCAAUGGAGAGGGGGAAGGAAGAUGCAAAGGAAGCGAAGAAUGGCAAACAAUGCAUUACCGAGUUGUAUCUUUGCAGUGUUUUAGUGAUGCUCAUGUGUGUGCCAGUAAUGUGGGCGGGGGCCGGGGGGGGCGGCAAAGCAUGGAUGCGAAAUUGCUGAAAGCUGAGUCUAGCUUGUUCGCACAGCUCUGUCAGAAAUCCGGCAAGGGGUUGGGGGCGGAAAUGUGAGAGACAUUUUGGCCAUUGCAGCUAAAUGAAGUUCAGCUUUGGGGAAUCAGGCCAGAUGACUCAGAGUGCCAACAGCCAAGGAGAAAAGUUGGGUGAGAAGUUUCAGAACUCUGUCAAAGUUCUGCCUGCGGAGCUGGACCCUCCUUGGUCUGUUUGCUCAUGUCGUGUUUGCCAGGCCGCAGAUUUAGGAUGCCGUGGGGAUUUUCAGAGGGGUGGGGGCUUCUGGCUUCCCAACACACAGAUCUGAGCCUUUCUUCAAAGGGUCUGGGAGAGGAAAGGGACAGGAUCCUAUCACAGAAGGGAGAGCUCUCUUAGAACAAACCACUGCAGUGUCUUUGCCUCAUAAGGAAGGAACAGUGGUCAGGUCAGCCAUAUCAGUAUUUGAUUUUUGUAGGGGACAGCAAAGGCCUGCCCCAUUUCAUCUUAAGACCUACAUGGUGUUGACUGUUACUGGGUGGCAAGGAAAAACCUUUAGCACAUGCUCAGAGGCACUCUUCCCUGCACGCACAAGUUAACGCAGGGGAUGGGAGACGUUUUUCCAGUCCGUGACUAACAAUCACAUCUCUCCCCACUCUCUCUCCCCUCCACGUGCCCAGCGACCAAUUGCUGCAGCUGUCCCCCUACCUUGCAUGCAUAAAGCUGGGGUGUGGGGGUGUGGUCAGGCCAACAAAGACUCCACAAAAGAUUUGGCUGAAGCAAGAGAAGUGCCACCUUCGUUUCCGGAGUUGAGGUGCACCAAGGUGGGAGGCUGGGGGUGAGAUGGGCAGCUGGGAAAGCAAGGCACCCAUCUUGGUUUAUCCUACCCACCAUCACAUCGGCAGAUGGCCCUCUUUUUCAAGCCGUGCCAAAUGCAGUGCCUCAUCUGCUUCGGUGGUUAUGUUCACUUGUGGCCCAUGGCAUCACUGUCCGUCACCCAAGGCACCCCGUGUUCCCUCAGGGAUUCCCAGAUGUUGUUGACUACAACUCCCAGCAUCCCCAGCUGCAAUAGCCUUUGCUUGGGGAUUAUGGGAGUUGUAGUCAACGACAUCUGGGAAUCCCAGUUAGAGAGAACACUGCAAGGCACCAAUCAGUUGUGCUGCUCGUUUUUGCACUCAGCCACCCUCCAACUGGUUCCCCCGCCAAGCAAAAGCAGGCACAAUCUGCCCAACCCUGUCCUGUUUCUCAUGUGAUGUAGAACCAACCAUCGCUGGGCAAAGUGGCAAACUUCUAUCCAGUGGGAUUACUAUCAGUGAUCCUUGGGAACUGUAGUUUGCUGAGACUUCACCAGAAAACUACAACUCCCAGAGUUCCCCAGAGAGAGAAAGGGGCCUGUUUAAGUCCGCAGUAAAGGUCUGCCCGCACUUUAUGGCUUCCUGCCCUGCAUUUUUUAAAACGUUCCCUUCUUAGCCUUCUUCAAGCAUUGCGCGGCCCCAGUUCCGGUGCAUCGUUUCUACGAUACGCUGGCCAGAGCGGUCUCCUUCCGGGCCUCUUCCUCAUUUCCCUACAAUCAUGCCCUUUUUUAAAUACAAAUAUAUUUCCAUACAAUUUGCCUGGGACCAAAGUGUCGGAAUUUGAGUUGAAUGUUUACACACCAAACGCCACUACCCCGAACUUUUAUAAGCUGCAUCGAUCAGAAAAUGGAAAAGCAACAAAAAAAAAAGAAGAAGAAGUCCAUGGCGGCGGGGUUGACGGUGGCAGUUUCUGUUCCCACCCCCGGGGUCCUUGGUCCUCUUCAGAAACGGGCCGCACGCAUUCCCGAACCCUUGGAUCAUGCCAAAGGGCGAGCCAAGAACUCCAGAGUGGACAGUGGUCCACCGGCCCAUCUCCCCCCUUAAUCAAUCGCCCUUUUUGGUCAUUUCUGUUUGGCAUGUGGUUGAAACAAAGAAGCAAAACAGAAUUUAAAAAUUUUAAUGAUAGGAAAAAAAACCCGAAGAGUCCAACCGAGUUCCUUCGUGUAGCAAGCACACCUCUUGGCAAAUGUUUCAUGUCGUUUGUUCUGUUACAUACUUGGAGUGGAUUGAACAACGGUUAACCGACAAUGGAUGCAUGAUAGUGAAAUGUUUUGCACUAUUUUGAAAUUUUGGGGCUCUAUACAAAUAUUUUAUUAACUGACAUUAAAAAAAAGAAGUGAGGAAAAGGUU